AUGUUCCACGCUGAGCACGACCUGCGGUGUCAAAAAUCUUCUGGCAAAACAUUGUUCAGCCUAAGCUGCAGCCACCUGAACCUCACAGAGAAGGAAUACUUUGGGCUGGAGUUCUGGAGUUCUGCAGGGCAUACUGCCUGGCUGGAACUUCUGAAGCCUAUAACAAAGCAGAUUAAAAAUCCUAAGGAGGUUCUUUUCAAAUUUAUGGUGAAAUUUUUCCCAGUGGAUCCGGGCCAUCUGAGAGAAGAGCUGACAAGAUACCUGUUCACUCUCCAAAUCAAGAAGGAUCUGGCCUGUGGAAGACUGCCUUGCAGCGAUAACAGCUCGGCCCUGAUGGUAUCACACCUUUUGCAGUCGGCCCUGGGAGAUUAUCAUGAAGAAAUGGAUCAAAAGCACCUGGAAACGCACAAAUAUUUACUAAACCAAGAGUGUUUGGUGAACAAGAUCAUGCAUUACCACAAGAAACAUAUAGGCAAAACUCCUGCUGAAUCAGAUGUGCAGCUCUUGGACAUAGUGAGGAAGCUAGAGAUGUAUGGGAUCAGGCCCCAUCCAGCCAGUGACGGUGAAGGGACCCAGAUCAAUUUGGCUGUCACUCACAUGGGAGUCCUGGUUUUGCGGGGCAAUACGAAGAUUAACACCUUCAACUGGUCCAAAAUUCGCAAAUUGAGCUUCAAGCGGAAGCAUUUCCUGAUCAAACUCCAUGCCAACAUUUCGGCCUUGUGCAAGGAUACACUGGAGUUCACCAUGGCAAGCCGAGACACUUGCAAAGCCUUCUGGAAGACCUGUGUGGAAUACCAUGCUUUUUUCCGACUCUCUGAAGAGCCAAAGUCAAAACCCAAAGCCUUUUUGUGCAGCAAGGGCUCCAGUUUCCGAUACUGCGGAAGGACUCAGCGGCAGCUGCUGGAACAUGGGACAAAAGGAAAACUGAAGAGCCUGCCCUUUGAGAGGAAACACUAUCCCUCUCGGUACCAUGAGAGACAGUGCCGGUCCUCACCAGACCUACUUACAGAUGUUUCCAAACAAAUGGAGGACUUGCGGCUGGUCUACGGCACCAUAGGAGGUUACCACAGUGCCAAUGGAGUCCACACUUCCGAGCCCAUGCUGGACAGCAGGCGGAGGAACUCUGCAGUGGAAGUGAUCUUUGCUGAUGAAUUGGAGCGGUCCAAGCCAGAAGCUGACCCAACGCUGUUGCCCCAUUCCCAAAGCAGCUCCACCUUCCCGUUGGUCUACACAGAGCUGGAACACGAUUGGGAGGCAGCCGACAUCUAUGAACAACGGGUCCCGCUGACAUCCUUCCAGCCCAGCUACAAGCUGGCUGGGAACAGUAAAAGCACCUCGGUGGGCAACAUGAGGGAGAUGACCCCUAGGCAACAGCUGACUUACACCGACAUUCCCUACAGGGGCCCCAUUCACCAGCAACUGGACAUGGCUUCUCCUCAAGUCUUCUUUUAUGUGGACAGGCCUCCCCAGAUGUCCAGGCACACAGCUGUGGCAGGCCCUGCUGAGGAAACAGCCAGUGGGGUGAACAUGCUUGGUGCAUCACCCAUGAAGCCUUCCAGGAGAAGCCCAGGCAUGGCAAGAACAAGGGUGGCUGAACCAGAGGUCCUGCCCAGAAUGACCUACCUUAGCAGCAUUAGCAUGGAGCAAGAUGAUGACGGAAGCGUCUUUGACUACAGCAUCCAAGACCAGACUCCCAAGAGGUCUUGGAGCCAGUCUGACAUGAAAAUGAUCAGAUUUCCCUAUGGCUCAGAGUUCCGGCCUCUAGGACCUUGUCCUGUCUUGAGCAGCAGGAAGGCUGAUAUUUUGCAGUAUGUGCUGGCCCAGCAAAGGUUGCCAGAACCUCCCAGGGCCCAGCGAACCCUGGAGCGCUAUGUGGGCAGUGGGACAGAAUCCAGCGACUCUGAUUCAGACAUGCUGCCAGAUUACUUUUCUCUCUACGGGAGGGUGGUGAAAGCACCCAGGGCACGGGUCCGCCUGUCUUCAGGGAGCCUACAGCUGGAGGGGGAGGAUGAAGAAGUUUGUCUCACUACCGCCAACAUUGAGGACAGGACUUCACAGGGAGCAUCUAAUUAUUUUACGUAAAACAACAGGACUGAGUUAUGCCAGUAGAUCUUUGAAGGAGGUCCUUCCUUGGUCCUUGGGGUUAUGACUGGUUUUGCAGGAAUGAUUAAUUAAAACUUUGGGAUUUGAUAACAAGAGGAAUCUACCAAAGCAAAGGGCUCUGCAAAAGAAAGUGAGUGAGACGUUAUAAGAAUAUUUAAAAAAUGGGGGGAGAGGGGAAGUUUACAUGCUUUCUCUUUGACACAUCCCAUACUAUGGGGGGGGGGGCGACAGGAUAUAGUUCCUAGCAUAGAAAACUAGUGUUGUAGCAGAUAUAUGGGAAUAGCUCACCUUCCCAAAUAGAUAGCUCAUACAUCACCAAACAGCUUGGCAGUGUGACAUUUUUCUUUUAGGGGGAAGACUAAAAAGGGGGUGAUAAGUUUGUUAUAAUUAUCUAAACAAUGACAUGAUUGGGUGGGUGUGUCAUUUUCUAGCACGUAUUUAAGUAUUCCCUUCUUUCUACAUAGGUUCCAGCAUGGAGAUGUAUUUUUUUAAGCCAUCAGGUAUAUGCCACAAGUAUUGCUAAUAAUUCCAAGUGUAUCACAAAAAGAAGGGCAAGUGCCAUUUUCAAAUGCUGAGAUCUAGCAAUACUAAAGAUUUUAGCUAGGGGGUCCCAUGGCUAAGUACUACCAAUAUCUGAUUCAAGUUAGAUAUUGCUUAUUAACAGUUCUCAGGCCUGAAUGCUUUGCACUUUUACAGCAUGACGACUAGCAGUGGUCUUUCAAGUGCUUUUAAUACAUGAACUGUACCGGGAUCCCUUUCUUACUUUCCAUAUAUAUCUAAGCAAGUUAUAAUGCACUAGACUGGAAGAAAAAGUAACCUGUCUUUAUCUGGGAAUCUCUGCUAACUCCUGGUUCUGCCCAAUAACAAUAACUACUCAGAAUUUCAGGAAUCUGCCAGUGGGGUUAAGUGGUCAGUGCACACCACCCAAAGAAAAUGCUAGCCAGGAAGGUCUUUUUGCCUCCUUGUCCUAAAUGUCGCCUGGUUUCAAAAACAAUCCACUUGCAAGCCUGAAAUUUAACUGUCCCUUUGUUGUGUAUGCAUGCAUACUUUUGGGCUACCCUGUGUACAUGGGAUGCAGCCUCCUUUCGGGGGCGAAUGGAGAGAAACCACCAUUAAAAAGCCACAUUUUCUACAAAAGAGGCGUUCAUGGGGUGUGUGCUUUCUCUGACACCAUAGUUCCAAUGAAGAAGCAAUGGAUACAGAGCUUUCCGCACACAUAGCUGGGAGGCUUACAAGCUCCAGGCAGCCUCUCCAAGGAUUCUCCUUUCAUCCUUGGAGGAGACCUGGAAGCUCUUAUGGCCACCUGGCCCACCCUCCCACAGACCAUAUGUAGGAUUGUGCCCCAAAGCACAGAAAAGCAGAAUGCUCAUCUUUCCCCUUGAGCACAUGACGGCUUUAAAAGUAUAGCAUCACAGAAAUGAGGAUGAGGACCAAACAAGAUUACAGAACUUAAAUAUUUAUUUCUUUAAACCAUUCAACCUUCUGCUGCCCCCUUGCCUGCCCUCCCCCAGCCCCCCCAAAAACACUGAAAGGAGCUUCAUCUAUAAACAGAUUUACAGGCCUAAUAGCUACAGAGAAGAGCACUAGAGUUCUGUUUCAGUGAUGCAGUUAUUUUGUGAAGCUUCAGAUCAACUGUAUAUUUACAACAUUUGCUGCUUUUACAUUUAUAAAAAUAUUUUUAUUUAAUCCAUAACAUUAUUGUUUUCAAAAACUAUGCCCAGACUUUCCCCCCCUCAGAUAUAAAUUUUAAUUGUGUUUCAGUUAUAUAGCGAUGAAAGCUUUUUUUUAAACAAACAUUUCUUUAAAAUUAAAACAAAUGAGUUAAAGUAUAUAUAUAUUUUUUACAGUGUAGGCACCAUUGAAAAUAAUUGCCCUUGGCAUUUCUAAACCACCAUCUGUCGCCAGUGUCUUUAUAUCUUUAUUUAUUUAUUUAUUUAUUUAUUUUUUUAAACGAUGUAAUGGCAACUUUUAAACUAAGGAAAAAAAAUCAGUAUUUGCUUGCAUUCCUUUAACGCUUUUCAAUAUUUGGCAGAUAUAUUUCAAAUCCUUUAAAUGACUUUUGUGCAAAAACAAAAAAUGUGCAGAUCCAAACCAUAAAAUUAAACACAUCCAGACUUUUUAUCAAAAAUAAAUUUACACCAACAGUUCCACAGCUAAGGACUGAAAUACAACCCCACUUCAAACUUCAGCAUAAUAUACAAACUGGGUUGAAAGGGGGGGGGGGAGAGAUUACCCAAUCUAAACAGUACCAUAAAUAUAUAAUUGAAAGCAAGUUUAUAAUUUUAGCUACCUUUUAUGAAAAAAAAAUCACUCUGUACUGCACAGUACUAUCUUUUUGUGAAAGAAUAUCUAUAACUCAGUUAUUUGCAUAUUAACUGGUAAAUACGUAUUUAAAAUACAUAGGGGUGGGGAAGAGGAAUUAAACAUGGUAAUGCACUGCAUGUAAAUGUCUAUAAGAACGUAAGUGUAUAAAUAUCUUACAGGAUAGAACACCACCACACAAAACGCUGGUGUCACACACUUAUACCUUCUGGUGAGGUAUUUCAUCGCAUGCCACGGUAUUCCCAUAGGUCCCCUGGCCAAAACAAAGAAUGAGCUACUUCCCCCUCCCGAAUCUUACUAAAGAAUGAAGAAAUGAUUAAAUUAAGCCAGAUUUCUAUGUGUGUCCAUUAUUGCAGAAAGCCCCCUGCCC